AUGCCCGAAGACGAAGCGCAGGCUGUCCAUGAGGCGACCCUGGAUGAGACCAGCGAGGAGGUGAUCCCGGAGGUCAAGACCAAGACGAAGAAGAAGGGACCAGAAGGAGGCAAGGACAGCUUCUCGCUGGCCCGCAACACUUCCAAGACGGCGAUUGGGAAGCGGUAUUUCGCCACAUCCCUGGGCAAGAAGGGCCUUGUGCACAGCAGGUCCCUUCGCAUGCAAGAUGGCGAUGCCCCUGUGCAGCCCCGAGACGAGCGCGAGUCUGCAGAAGCUCCGGCCAACCUGCAGGCCACGGCGGAGGCGGAGGAGGAGGAGGCAGACGCAAGCAAGGAGAUGACUGCCAGGCAGCGGUGGAAGCUGGGUGCCCUCGCCGUCCAAGCCGUCGUGCGCCUGCGUGCGGAGCUGGUGGCCUCCCCGGCUCCCCGGCGUGACAGCGAGACUCAGAAAAGACCGCCCGCCAAGAUAGAGAUAGUCCGGGAGCUCACAGAGCCAGAGCCGCCACCUCCAGAGAGCAUCGCCGCCCCUGCGCUGCCGAAGCGCAGGCCUAGAGCGGCGAAGGCGGACCACGAAGCCGCGCGGAAGACCGUCGAGGAGAGCCCGGUCGUGCAGACGCUCCACGAGGCGCCCGCGGUGCCCGUCGAGGACGGCGACGUGAAAGCGCCCCUGGAAGCCCCGAAGCACGACUCAGUGCUCCUCCUGCGCCCAGACUUUGCCGCCCUGGACAAUGGGGCAAGCCUCCCCCUGACGGCUGCUGCAAUCCAGGCGGUUCGGUCCUUGGACGAGCCCGAUUUGUCCCAUUUCCGAAAGUCAGAGGCGAGAUUGCUUUCUGCCAAAACGCAGACGACUGCCUGGCUGUCUCACGAUAGCUCCCGCAUCACCUUCUUCUCUGCCAAAAGUGACUCUGUCAACUCGACAGUCGGUUUCUCGCCGUACGCCUCGCAGACGGAUCUCCUCAAGAAUGCCUCAGGCACCACUCUUUCGUACCAAAGCUCCGCGGCGAAGCUGUCCAUAGCGUCGAUCGAGGAGGAGGCCGUGCAGACAGCCAGCGGGGCCAAGCCGGCCGCCAGCAAGGCCAAGCCGACUGCCAGCGAGGCCGCUCGGUUGUUGCCAUCUGUGGGGGCCUUGGAGGAGGAGCUGAUCGGAGACAUCCUGGCGAGUCCCAGCCCGGAGCCGGACGAGGACCUGGAAGAGAUGACGCGCUACGGACCUGUCCUCGAGAUGCGCAAGCCGCCUCCGAUUUCUACCUCCCGGCGUGGCAGCAUCAUCAAGGUGCCAAGCAAGCCCGGGCCAGCCGGGCCCGGCCUGGUUUUGUCGCACCUGGCCAAGCCCUCACCGCGGCAACCUGCAUCUGCUCGAGGCGCGCGAGAGCCACCAGGUGCGAUGAGGAGGCGACCAGUUUACAGCUGA